GAGAAAGAGAGAGAAAGGAUAAUAUACAGAGAGAGGGGGGAUAAGAGAGAGAGAGAGACACGGGGUCAUAUGCAGAGACGAGGUGGGGGGAGGGAGGAUAAUAUACAGACAGGACAAGAUAAAGAAACGUGGGGUUGUGGACGAUAAUAUAUGAAGAGAGGGAGGGAGGGAGAGGGACAGGAUCAUAGUCAGCUAGAGAGACAGAGAGAGGAUAAUAUACAGAGGGAUAGAGAAGGAGAGACAGAGAGAGGAUCAUAUACAGAGAGGGGGAGCAGCAGAAGGGGAUAAUAUACAGCAUAGAGAGGGGGAAAGGGAUCAUAUACGGUAUAGAGAGGGAGAGAGGGUUAACAUACAGGAGAGACAGACAGGGAGAGGGAGAAAUAUACAAUAUAGACCGGGGGGUAGAGAGUGGAGGAACAGAAAUAAAUAAUAUACAUUAUAGGGGGGAGAGAGAAAAUAUUCAGUAUAGAUAGUGUAAAACUAAUAUAGAUAACAUACAGUGUAGAGGGAGGGAGUGUGUGAUAAAUAACAUAGAGAGAGGGGAAAUAAUAUACAGUGUAGACAGAGACAAUAAUAGAGAGAAAUAACUUAUAGAGAGAACAAUAGAAAUAAGGUACAGUGUAGAGAGAGGGAGAGAAAUAUCAAUAUAACAUAGGGUUGUGGGGUUGAGACGGAGGAUAGGAUAAAAUUAAUAGAGAGAGGGAUAUUAUACAGCAUAGGUAGAAAUAAUAGAGGGAGAGGAGCGAGAGAAAUAUAUAGAUAGGGAGGAGUAUAAAUAUAGCAUGCACUAUAGAAGCUGAGAAAUAUAAUAUAGAGAUAAAGGAAGGGAAAGAGAAAAUAAUAGAGGGAUCAUAUCUAUAUGCGGUAUAGGGGUGGGAGAGAGAUGGAUGUAAUAUAGAGAUUCAGAGAGAAAUACAAAACGAGGGGAGGGAGAGCAGGUUCUGUUUGUAAAUAAAGGGUCUGCUGGGAAGAGAGAGAAAUAUAACUAUACAGUGCAGGGAGAGGGAGAAAGAUACAGAGAGAGAAAGUGUACAGAAAUAGGAUUGGAGACAGGGAGAUACAAUAAUAGAGAGGGAUUGUAGAAACAGUAAAGGGAUAGGGAGAGGGAUAUGGUAUAGCGAGGGGGUGAGCAAAAUAGAAUACAGUGUAGCAAGUAUAUAAAGGCAGAAAAAGAUACAGUAGGAGAGAGAUAGGGAGACACAUUCCAGAGAGUAAAUAGUGGGAGAGAGUACAGAGUGUAGGGAGACAAGGGGAGAUAUAUAGUGUAGAGAGACAGACAGAGUGUUAGGGAUCAAGGGAUAUAUAGAGGGAGAGAGGGGCAAGACUGCAGGGUGGUUUGAGAAUAAAGAGAGAGAGAAGGGAACGUAGAGAAUCAGGGAGAGAGGGUGACGGAGGCUACAGGGGUCGCCAUGGAGGCUGCUUGGAGUAGCUUCAUCUUCCCGACAGCUGCUGUGGAUCAGACGGCUGGUGUCCAGGCCGACCUCCUGCCCAUCCUGACCGCAACCUCCGUCUCUCAGGAUUCCAGUCGCGCUCCCAGGGCAUCGGACGGCCCACUGCUGCCAGAGAGACCGAAGGAGCCGCAGCCCCAGGCCCAGACCGAGCCGGACAAGGGCAAGGCCAGGGGCAAGGGACCUUUCGUCUGCCCGCUUUGCUCGAAGGAGCUCAAGAACAAUUACAACUUGCGGCGACAUCAGCGGACCCACUCCAGUGGGGGCCAGAGCCAGCUGCAAGCUGGCACCAACCCUAGCCCACCCACCAUGGUGCCCAUUGCCCUCCUGAGCAUGACCAUGGCUGGAGUAGGGGGCGGCCUGGGGUCAGCUGAAGCGGCUCCGCAGCCAACUGGACCCUCCCCAUCUCCCACCCGUCGGGUCCGGAAGGAACACAGCUGCGAGCUGUGCGGGAAGGCCUUCCGUGACAUCUACCACUUGAACCGCCACAAACUCUCGCACUCGGACGAGAAGCCCUUUGAGUGUCCCAUCUGCCAGCAGCGUUUCAAACGCAAGGAUCGUAUGUGCUACCACGUCCGCUCGCACGAGGGUGGUGUCAAUAAACCCUACCUGUGCAGUCACUGUGGGAAGGGCUUUUCCAGAUCUGAUUAUACCCCUGUGGGUAGUCAGUAUCUUGUGAAAAAUUUGAUUAACUCUUCUGCAGUCCUUUUAGCCAUGAUACUGCGUAAUGGAAUGGCCUUAGGAAAUCUACUAGACGCAUCCAUUAUGGUUCUGGUGAAGCCUGUCCAUUGGCUGAAGAACUCAGUUCCAUUUCUCCCAGACCAGCUGAGGCGGAGAAUGUGUCUUGUCCUGGAACUUGGCCCUGUUACACCGAACCUCAUCAACAACCUCCAAAUCAGCAGGACGACCGGAGGGGAGAGAGGAGAGGGAGGCAGAGUCUGA